GCGAUAGUAAGCGGAGGAAACUGAUGCCAAAAAUGAUGCACCACCUGACCCUUUUGGCCCUGGCUGCCCUGAUCGCAAGUUGUUGGGCUGCGAAUGGUGAGGUCAAUAUCUGCUCCAAUGUGGUCAGCAAUCUCUUUCUGCCACACGUGAGCAACUGCAGCAAGUACUAUCUGUGCAUGAGUGAGGUGGCUGUGCCCCGGGAAUGUCCGGCGGACUACUACUUCGAUGCCCGUGACCAGCAGUGUGUGCCCGUGAUGGAGGCCAGAUGCGUGCCUUCCUGCAAGGCCCGCGGCCUCGAGUCCUUCUGCUACGAUCGCACCUGCACCAAGUACGUGCUCUGCUUCGACGGUACUCCCGUGAUCCAACAGUGCUCCGAUGGACUGCAGUACAAUGCCCAGACCGAUCGCUGCGACUAUCCGCAGUAUGUGGACUGCGCGGACAAUCUGUGCAUCCGGCAGAACAACCCCGAUGACAUCGUCUACAUCGCCAGCAAGGCGAAGUGUGACAAGUACUUCGUGUGCAUGAAUGGUCUGCCCAUGGUCCAAAACUGCACCAGUGGUCUCCAGUACAAUCCAACCACCCAGAGUUGCGACUUCCCAUCCAGGGUCAACUGCACGGUGGAGAACCUACAGAGGAAUAUCCUGCCCUUCGCCCGAGCUCCUCCACGCACCGCCGACAUCAAGUGUCCCUCGGAGGGCGUCCACUUUGUGGCCCACCAGACGCGACAGGAUGUGUACUACUACUGCCUGAAUGGACGCGGAGUAACCCUGGAUUGCACUCCUGGCCUGGUGUUCGAUGCCAAGCGCGGGGAGUGCCGCGAACCACAAUUCGUGGGAGUCUAGCGAGUCUAGUCUUUUUGAAUAAAGAUCCACUGUUGCUCAAAUCAAAA